GCCGAUCAUUUCAGUGAUGACACAACAUCAUCCGGCUUAGGUUUUCCAAUUACAAGCAAUGAACAUUCCUUAAUUUAUACAUAUAUUUAUGCUUAGAGGCAAAGAAAAGCUAUACUUAGGUCUGAUUUCUGCGAAUCUAAGAAGAGAGAAGAAUAAGAAAAACUAGCGAAGAAAGGUCGACAAAGAGAACACCAAAUGGCUACAAUACCUAUAUAUCAUAAUUUAUCGUUUUAUACUGAUCCUGAAGGAAACAAAGCUCGUUAUGAAAGCUUGCUCUCAAAAUUCAAGGAGGAAUAUAAAAGGGGCCCCAGUUUUUUGAGUCGUUCGCCUGGUCGAGUCAACAUUAUCGGAGAGCACAUCGACUACAAUUAUUUUUCGGUACUCCCUAUGGCUAUGGAGGUAGAUGUGGUGGCUGCGGUUGCGGUAACGGAUGAUGGUAAGAUGGUUCUGACGAACACGGAUGAAGAAUUUCAGAAAGAACAGUUUGAUUUACCGUCAGACGGUUCUGUCAUUUCCAUUAACAAGGACCAGCACAGUUGGGGAAAUUAUUUCCGUUGUUCCUUAAUAGUGGCUCAUAAGUUUAUUUUAGAAAAAUAUCCAAAUCUGGUGCAAGGUGGCUCCAAACCUCUCAAGGGCAUGAGACUAACCUUUGACGGAAACGUCCCUACAGGCGGAGGUUUGUCUUCUUCUGCUGCUUUUUGUGUGGCAUCUAUCAUGGCCGUUUUGAAGGCCAACGGAAUCAACACAGUUACCAAGGAAGACUUGACUAGGAUUAGCGUUGUUUCAGAGCAUUAUGUGGGGGUAAAUACCGGAGGCAUGGAUCAGUGUGCGUCUAUCUAUGGAGAGAGAGAAAAGGCUUUGCUAAUCCAGUUCCGUCCAAAGCUGAUCGGUAUUCCCUUCCAGAUCCCUUCGACCAAACCAGAGGAAAUGGUCUUUCUUGUAACUAAUACGCUUGUGCAGGCUAACAAACACAAGACCGCUGCCACCAAUUACAACUUGCGAGUAGUCGAAAUGACCGUAGCUGCUGAAAUACUAGCCAAGAAGUACAAUUUAACACUUCCUAAAGACUCUAACCUUAAAACAGCAGGGACAUUACGAAGCUUCAUGGACACGUACUAUGAACAAUAUUUAAAACAGCCUCCUUGGGAUGGUAACGACAUCGCCGUUGGCCUUGAGCGCACACAAGAAAUGCUUAAGAUUACAGAAACUUUUUUUUCAGAAGAAGAAAAAGUGGGCUUUACUACUGAACAGAUGGCCAAGAAGUUGGAGAUGUCGGUGGAACAUUUUACCGAAACGUUUCUAACCGCAAUGCCUGUUCGUUAUGAUUUAAUGAAAAUAUAUCAAAGAGCCAUUCAUGUAUUCUCGGAAUUUUUACGUGUAUUACAGACUCUCAAGCUCUUUCACGAACAUAAGCCCUCGGAUAACUCAGAAAACUUCUUAAGGGCGUUUGGAAAACUUUUGAAUGAUUCACAAAGAUCUGCUGACAUAAAUAAUAAUUCUUCAAGUCCAGAAUUGCGAGAAGUAUGUGCGAUUUCUACUGCCAAUGGCGCAUAUGGUGCUCGAACAACCGGUGCUGGUUGGGGAGGCUCAGCAGUACACUUAACCACUGUUAAAAGACUAUCCGAAGUGAUUCGUGCUUUAAAAAAGCAAUACUAUAACAAACAUUUUCCCAACUUGAGUCAGGAAGGUUUGGACGCCGCCAUCGUCGUAUCUAAGCCCGCUAUGGGAGCUUGUCUGGUGGAAUUGAACGGUCCCGUUUUGUAAUACAACCGAAUAAAUUGAUAAAUCACUUCUAAUAGUGCCUAUGAUAACAACAGAAGGAUUGUUGCAACUUACUAAGGGAUUCUUUAAAAUUUAAUCAAAAAGGUUAAAGGUAAGCAAUAAAGUCAGAAUAUGCAAGGAAACUUUAUAAAAAAAUAAGGUUAUAUGUUUUAUGGUAUUUUCUUUCUCACAAUCCAAAUUCUCAAGUCUUCAUUCAAGCAGCCAGUUUCCUUAUGACAGUCUGCUCUGUUAUCAAUAUAUUCUUUUAAAUAAAAAUUUAAGCAAGGGAAUAUCAAUUUGUGAAGUCUAAUAUCUCAACCAGUGAGUUUUGGUUAGUAAGGAAUGCCAACCGCCUUUUGCUAACGGUAAACGGUUUACGAUUAUGGUCACCGUGUCUUGGAAGUUUAAUACAUCUGAUUAUUGGCGGUGUCCAGUAAUUUACUUGUUUCUUCAUUUACGUCGCCGUUGGUGACGAAAUACUGUUUCGACCAGUUGAAAUUUUGACUCUUAUUGUCCCUGCUUAUUGUAAUCUAAGAACAGCAGUAUAUAUGAUUUCGGGCGUUUUUUAUCACCGUUUUAUUCAUUUUUUGGGUCUCAUUCUGCUACUAUUUCCACUUUUAAAAUUUGGGAUGAGACUUUUGAUUAUUUCAUUCCCUUAGUAGUUAACUCCAUUGCUCUCUUAAUAUGGCUAUGUCUUUGGGUUUAAAAACUAGCAGUGGUUAUCUUCCUCGUUGAUUAUGAAAAGAAAGGUCUUACUUGGAAUCAUAAACCUUACAUGCUACAUCUUCAUGAUAUCGGCUAGUGUUCUUAUAAAGUAAGGCGCCUCAUAAUUCUCGCGGACUCCAUGGAACGAAUUCAUAUUUUUCAGUAAAGACACUCAAGCGUUCUUUCAAUGAAAGACUGUGAAAACCUAUCUUCAUCUGAAGAGUGUUUCUCGUAGUAGACAAUAUAUAGCAAAUUAUCUUGAAGAGCACAAUGAUGUUGAGUUUACGGAAAAGAUUCACGGGGUCUUCUCCUGUAUGAUCUCCUUAUGAAUACUUAAAUUGCUAAGAGUGGGAUAACUUAGUUUUACGAGAUUAGGGUUCCUCUUUUUGUUUUUUUUUUUUACUAAAAAAAAAGUAUAAUCUUCCUAAUUCGCUACAGGAGGAAUGUGAAAAAGGGUUUUCCGUUUGUUUUAUCUAAGUUUAAGUAAGAACACGAAAAUAAUUGUGUCGGUUAUAAAUGUUCUUUCCCGUAUAAUCUUUGAUCCUUGGUAUUACCAUAAAGAUCAUUGGCGAUUUCUAAUAAUAUCAUAACUUGGGCCAAA